AUGAGCAGGGCUUGGUCAUGCUUGCUGCAUGCAUGGGCUUUCUGCUGGGCCUGCAUCCACAGCUUCUUUGAUGCCGCGCUCGUUUUCAUUUUUGCGUUGACGACCUUCCGCCCGAAUGGGCAUACAUGUUUGAUGAAUUUGCUGGUCUUGGGAGCUCAUUACGGUUUGGCAGACCCACAAAGCUGUAAACAACGAAUACAACGGGCGACUCUCGCUGCAUCGUGCCUGUCCGGGGCAAUAUUCUUGGAGUUGAGAAGCAGUGGCGAUGCCUGGGCACCACGAACGCGCGGAGCUGCAUGGUUGUCGCUGGCAGCAGGUGUUUUCUGCUUGCAGGCAUUUGCACCUCCCAGGGCCGAGCCACGAGACUCCGAGACUUUGAUGGGUGUUGUGCAUCGAGUGUGGAGAAGGACGCAUUUGCAAUCUUCGGAGAGCAGGUGUGGUAUGCCAGCACGAGCUGUGAAGGCUUUGUUCGGUGUUGAGCAUGCGGCCACCUGGACACGACGCAAAGCUGGUGACACAGAUGAACAGCGCGGCAGCUCAGCAGGGAUGCCGCUCCGACCGCAAGCUCAGUACCAGCUGGAAGCCGAAAGCAAGCAGAGAGCACAACGUCGAGACAGGAUCCAUCAAUGCAAGGACAGGAUCUCCGUGGGGUGCGCGACGUGGCUUUGGCGUUGGUUGUGGGAAGCUGUCCCUGCAGCCGCCCAAAUGGCAGGAAGGAAUGAUGCAGCUUUAUCUAAGUCUCGGCUGCAUUUGCAGCACGGUCAACACGCCAACCACAGCAUCUGCCAACAGGUGAUACAUACUCAAGCUGCUCAAAGGGUGCGAGAUCUGCCUUCGUGUUCGUUGGCGCAUGGGAAGCAACACGUAUCCUCCAGUUUCCGCGUCAGGCCAGUGCGGGAUGCUGUUUUUCCAGACGCCCCAAUGUCGGGAAAGGGCAAGGAAGAUGUGCUCCGCGAUGUUUCGCAACAUCAAAAAGAGAAUCUUCAGCCUCUACGCAAAGGGCUGCCAGUGCGUCAUCCAAAAGGGAUGCCUGGCCAUCUAUUCCCGGGGACCAGCGCUGACAGCAAAAUUGGUCUCCAAGGUAUCCCUGCCCCAGGCAUCAAUGCUUCAGCGACACUUGGCAUCUCUACUUGCGAGACGACUUCGGGUACGAGACCCAAAACGCAUCAGGAUGCAAUCCACACCCGGAGCGGAAAGUCGUCGGGGCAUCAGCGUGAGCCGCUUUUGGCCAUCAACGACAACAACAAUUUGCCGAGUUCAGAGCUGGCUGGGAAACAGGAGAGGCAGAUUUGCUUUGUCCAGAAGCCCGACGGCGGAUGGCGCUGCGCACAUCCGUUCUCCGAAAUUGCUGUUCGACGCAUUCAGGGCCAGGCUCCAGGCGAGGUCUUCGUAGAUCCAGAGUUCCGCUCGUGGCCGCAGGAGGAGGUGGCUGCCUUUAUGCGCAUUUGUGAGCAUGCUGAUGUGCAGCAUGCGCAGGUAAUGCAGAUGCUGCGGAAGCGCAGCUGGGAUUUGCAAGCGCGGGCAAAUUGCUGCCACAUUGGCCGAGCAGAACUCAAGGCGCGACAGCACACCAUGAAUGGGUGA